AUGACACCGGCAGAUUUUCAUCAAGAAAACUCCAUCGACAGUAGCUCCGGCGACAGCAACUCUGCCACUACCAGCAGUGACUUGGAGAGGAUCGAGCGACGUCGCGCACUAACCCGCACGAGGCAGUUGCGAUAUCUCCAGAAGAAACGCCAAUACGAAAACGAUCUCAUGGCAUCUGUUGCGACACUGCAGACUGAGGUGCGGCAAUUGCAGCAGUAUCUCCAUCAGCUUCAGAGCGCGGGAUCAACGCCUAGUUUCUUGCCUUCAUUACCGACUUGGACAGGAGCUGCUAGAUCCAACAUCCUGCAGGUUGCUCAAAGCUUCGUUCGGUGCUUCCACUCGGGUUUUUCACCGACAGAACAGGCGCCAUGGCUGCCGUGCGUCUCUCCGGAGCAAGAGCAUAUCCGCUUCGCCCAGCAGUCGAUCCAUCCAGACGUUCGACAUGGUGAAAUGCAUGGCCAGAAUUCAUUUCUCGAGCAAUGGCGGCGUUACACGACGUUCUUUGGGGCGUUGGCGUUGGUCCCUAGCAGCUUCGAGCUGGUGACUCACGACGACGAGCCCGAGUCAGUGUGCCGGGUGCAGCUCACCAUGUCGCUUGAUCUCGUGUCCACCACUUUCCAGAACGUUUUCCCACAUCUCCUGCAGCCUCAGCACGCAAGCCUCCGCAGCCUCCUACUGAACCAGCGAAUUCAUGUGCCAAUGACGUUGAUGCUGCAGUUCAACGAUGAAGGUCAAGUGGUUCGCUACGAUCAGUCUCUAGACCUCGUCGAGGCGCUACACCCAGUACUAGGCAGCUACCGAGACGUCGCCAUCGUGCUCCAAGAUGCUCACAUCUCCGCUUGCGGUCACAUCGGCAGCGACGUCAGCAGCCCUCGAGACGUUCGGCUUGCUCUGUCUUUCCUGUUGAACGUCGACUAG